AUGCCAUCCAGAAAGAAGACUCUCCAUUUCUUGUCCAGUGCACUGGUGACUUCCGUUUCUGUUGGGAUUUUGGGAUAUGCUAUGUCAACAACAUGGGCCGCAGCUACCAUGGACUGCGCUCCAAGUGGAAAUGUCUUGUUUAAUGGUACUGCUGUGAUAGAAUUUAAGCUUUUCAAUGGAAGCUGGAACAGAAUAAAUUGUCCCUUUUUUGGACGCGACGAGAAAUUCCAAGUGUUUCCUGAGCUGGCAAAGGUUGGAGGAGCCCCUAUUGUCCUGCACUCACUGUCUGUGGGCCUUUUAGUCCUGUGUCUGCUGUUUUCAGCCGUCAGCAUCCUUAUCUCCCUCUACAACAGUGUCAGUAACCCUUAUGAGACGUACAUGGGGCCUGUUGGCUUCUACGCCAGCAGCUCGCUCAGCGCAUGCUUGUCUUUAUUGGUCAUCAUGUUAUUUGUGGUGAAUAUCAACGUGACCGACAUGGCAGAGGAUCUGGUGAAAAAGUUUUCCCAGGAUAAUCCAGUGGACCUGAGGAACAAGUCGGCUGAAAUGCAGAUAGGAUACUACCUCGUCAUCCCCUACAUGGUGCUGUCUCUCCUCUCCAUUGCCUUGAUCUACAUGUACGAGCACGCAGCCUACACACACAAGAAAGAACAACAGAGGCCUACCGAGGAUGCGCCCAAAGAGAUAAUGAUGUAUUAG